GCAGGCCAUCCAUGCUGUUCCUGAUCCACUCUUUCCAUUUUAUUUUUUCCUCUUCAAUGUACCUGUUUUGAUACUGCUGGUUACCAAAAAUCAUCCAUCUUACGCUUAGCUUUGUCUGCCGGGGCAACAGCAGGAAGGUGGAGAAAACUGUAUAAUCUUUUCCUUGUGGGAAAUGAUAUUCACUUGGAAGAGAAUGAGAUAAAUAUGGAGUCUUCUAAACUGGAACAUAUUUUGUGUGUCACAAUUAAAAGUAAAAAGAUGGAUGAAAGUCAGAGAAGAGGAAUAUAAUGCCUGUCAAGUCAGAAAACAGGAGUAUAACGCCAAUCAAGAGUUUUCCAUUUCUGUGAUAUAUAUAAACUCAUGAUAUAAUACAACUCAUGAUUUAUAGUAAUACUUUAUUGAUAUCCCUGGAAGAAGAAGUCAAUUACUGUGCAACUUGCUUAAUAAGAACUUUUAUUCUUAUAACUUUUAUGUAUUUUAACAUUAAUGAAUUUUAACCUUAACUGGACAACAUAUGGUGUGUUGUUUUUUUUUUUUGAAAGUUUCAGUUGAAAACUUUUGUGUGGUUAUAUUUUAACUGACAGACUGAUCCUGAUAGAUUGCUGACAGCUGCUCCUGGAAUAAGGACUUAAACCCCUGAAUGGUUACUGUUACACAGGAUUGAAUGGAAUGUCAUGACUUUACAGCGAUUCUCUUAGGACCUUCUUCUUUGCCUUGCACCCAUCAUAUCCUUAAAUAUUUAAGUGUAAAUAGUGCAAUUAUAAACUCUGGAAAAUAAUGGCAUGGGUGAAAUUUUUAAGGAAACCUGGGGGUAACCUUGGAAAAGUUUAUCAGCCUGGAAGUAUAUUGUCCCUGGCCCCGACAAAAGGUUUAUUAAAUGAACCAGGACAAAACAGCUGCUUUCUAAAUAGUGCUGUUCAGGUUUUAUGGCAACUUGACAUAUUUCGACGAAGUUUGAGAGGUUUAACUGGACAUGUGUGCCAGGGAGAUGCGUGCAUAUUUUGUGCUUUAAAGGCAAUAUUUUCACAAUUUCAACACAGUCGAGAAAAAGCACUCCCAUCGGAUAAUAUGAGACAUGCCCUGGCAGAAAGUUUUAAAGAUGAACAACGUUUCCAGCUUGGAUUCAUGGAUGAUGCAGCAGAAUGCUUUGAAAAUAUCCUUGAGAGGAUUCAUUUUCACCUAGUGCCAAACAGUGACACAGAUAUGUGCACUUCAAAAUCCUGUAUUUCUCAUCAGAAGUUUGCUAUGACACUGUAUGAACAGUGUGUAUGCCGCAGUUGUGGAGCAUCAUCAGACCCAUUGCCUUUUACGGAAUUUGUGCGUUAUAUUUCUACCACGGCCCUGUGUAAUGAAGUAGAAAGAAUGAUGGAGAGGCAUGAGCGUCUCAAGCCAGAAAUGUUUGCAGAAUUGCUGCAGGCAGCAAAUACUGCUGAUGACUACAGAAAGUGUCCUAGUAACUGUGGUCAAAAAAUAAAAAUUCGUCGUGUUCUUAUGAAUUGCCCUGAAAUUGUGACAAUUGGUUUAGUCUGGGAUUCAGAACACUCUGACCUGACGGAAGAGGUUAUGCGGAAUCUGGCAACACAACUUUAUCUUCCUGGGCUCUUCUAUAGGGUUACAGAUGAAAAUGCCAAAAAUAGUGAACUUUUUCUUGUGGGAAUGAUUUGCUACACAAGCCGACAUUACUGUGCCUUUGCCUUUCACACCAAGAGUUGCAAAUGGGUGCUGUUUGACGAUGCUAAUGUAAAAGAGAUCGGAACAAAAUGGAAAGAUGUGGUCUCCAGGUGUAUUCGAUGUCACUUUCAGCCAUUGUUGCUAUUUUAUGCUAACCCAGAUGGCACAGCUGUAUCUCCAGAAGAUGCUCCAAAGCAGAUUAUUCACUGGUCUCCAAACAAAGCAGUAGGAGGAAAUGGGGAAGACUUAGGGUUUGAGAAGCAUUCUGCUCCUAAGUCAGACCACUUGAAAGAGAACGGAAUUGCAGACUCCGCUAGUCAAAGGAGUAAUAAAAAACUUCAGCCAGAUAAUUCAGCCUUCAGCAGAAGCCACAUUCAGGCUAGUGGCGGUAGAGGUCCAGCUAAGUUAGUUUACAAUGAUCAAAAGGACAGGCUAAAGGACAUAUCCAGAGAGUGUGCUCAGAAAGCUGCUGAUAUGAAAAACUUCUCAUCUUUACGAAAAGAUGCUGACAGAGGACCAAGAAAAGAGUCUGGGAGACAAAGAGACUUGACUGGGGAAGAUCGUUCCAAUUUUAAGUCAGGAUCCCCUCCAGUUGGGAAUGGACUUAGACAAUGCACUGAUCAGCGCAUAUACAGCAGCCAGGGAAGAGGACCGUAUAAGCAUGACAGUGCACCUCACCAAGCAAAGCUUUCUGUACCGGUGCUUGGAACAAAUAAAACAGAAGCUUUUACAGCUGGGGAGAAACUAAUGGUUAGGAACCGGACUGAUGGUGUCACUGGCUAUGAUACAGACUGCAGUCAAGACUCCAGAGACAAAGGAAGUAGCAGCAGCAGCAGAAGCAGGAGUAAAGGCUGGAAACCCAUGCGAGAGACGCUAAAUGUAGACAGCAUUUUCAGUGAGACUGAGAAGAAACAGCAUAGCCCGAAGCACAAGGCAACGCCGAACAGUAAAUCUAAACAUGAAAAAGAACGGAGCUUUAACCAUUGGCCAAAGGAGAACCAAAUCCAGAAAUGUUUAAUGACUAUAUACGAAGAUGAAACAAAACAGGAUACAGGAAGUAGAAGCUCUUUGGAUUCAGAGGGGAAAGGUAAUGCUGAAAAAAUCAAAGGCUUUGCAGAGAAAAAAAUCCAUGGUGAUAACUGGCAGAUCCAGAGAACAGAAUCUGGUUAUGAAAGCAGUGAUCAUAUCAGCAAUGGAUCUGCAAAUCCAGACUCUCCUGUUACUGAAGGAAUCAAUCCAGCUGACGUCAAGAACGUUAAAGACGGUGCUUCCUGCAGUGAGCCGAACUUGUCAACUAAAAAAGCUGAAAAUGUGUUGCAUUCCGUAUCCCAGCAGACCAGAAAUUUUUAUGACUUGAGGAAGGACCCCAUCAAUUCAGAAGUUAACUAUAAACCUCACGUUACUUUCCCAACAGAAUUACAUUUGCAGGUGCCCAGUCCUCCAGUAAAGAGAGCUGAAAUGCCUGAGAGUAAUAGGAAACUUUUCCCAUCAUCAACUCUACAGCCAGUUCUUAAAGAGGUGGUGAAGUCAGAAAGUAGGAACAAGGCAAACGAACCGAAUUCUUCAGAGUGGAUUAAUCCAGACAGGUUUGAGAAGAUGAAUGUAUCACUAUAUUGUGCUGAUGGCAUACCCCACCCUUAUACAGAAAACAUCUGUGGAAGGAAGGCAAUCAGCAACGAUUUUCACUCCUCAUCCCAUCCGCAGCCUCUUCACACAAGAACGUUUGUUCCCAAGAUGGGGUUUUUGGCUUCUGUGCCGCAGAAUCCAUUGGAAAGGCCUGUUGUGCUGCCCCCUCCCUGUGAGCAUGCUGGGCACCCAGUCCGCAGGGCAGAUGCUCUUUGCGUGCCAGAAGCAGUUUACCAAAAUCUUCCUCCCCCUUUACCUCCAAAGAAAUAUGCUCUGAAUGUUUUGCCAGGAUCAGAAAGUAAUUCAGCAACUGAUGUAAAACUGACAGAAGUGUUGCAAAAUAACCCAUUAAGGCAAGCAGGUACACCUUUAAAGUCUGUAUCAGAAGCAAAUGUAUUUACAAACGAUCAAAGGCUCAAAGAACCAUUUCAAGGGAAUGAGUUGUUUGUUCAUAAACCAGAUUCUCCACCUAGCUUAUCAGUUAAUGACUUUUGGACAGUGUCUGAGAACUUCUUAAAGAAAGGAUCUCGUCAUAUGGGACCAAGUGCUGGCUAUGUGGAUGGCAAUGACAGUGUAUCCCUGACAACUUAUUUUUCUGUAGACAGUUGUAUGACUGACACAUACAGGAUGAAAUAUCAUCAGAGACCCAAGCUGUAUUUUACCGAAAGUGGAAGCUUUCACAAAGAAAAGCAUCCAUCACCAGCUGGAGUAGAACUGAAUGCUCCCUACCAUGCUACUCAUGAGCCCAGGCAUCCCACAUCUGAGCAAAGGUACAAGGCAAAUGUAGAAGGCAUACAUUGCAGUAGAUAGAGCUAAAAAAUUAAAAAUCUGGAUCUGACUGUUGCAUUUCACAUAGUCUGUAAAUGGGCACAAGCCUUGAAUCUGUGUGUAAGUUGGUACCCAGCUGGCUGUACUUUGCCUAGGAGUUAUGACUCUGUAAAUGAAUAUGCAAAUAGGAGGUGAGCAGAGGAGAAGAGGUGCUAAACUUCCAGUUCUUUGAUUUAUUACUGUAGUUGCCUUAAUGCUUACCUCUGUUAUUUGUCUCAUCUUCUACAGUUUAGGUUGAAAAUGGUCCCUUUAGGUAUAUGCAUCUUACAGCAGUGGGAUCAACUAGAUGUUACUGAUUUUAUUUUUUUUAAUGUUUAAAUAGUUGCAAUUUAAAAAGCAUUCCUUCAGACUGUGGUCACUACAUACUUAAACAAAAGUGGUAAAUGUAUUACCAUAUAUAAUGCAGUAAAUACAAUGGAGCAGUAUUUUCCUGAUAGGUAGCAGGAGGUUGUUUCUUCAGCUGACUUCUCUGAGAGUCUGUGCUUUCACAAACCUUCAAGUGUCUUUAAUAUAAGUUUAUCCAGAGAUUUUCUAACUUAUUUAAAAGCCUUAAUAAUAAUUCUUCACAAACUGUUUUGUUUUGCAAGUGCUAGGUAAGAUUUUUAAAGGGAAUUCAAGUAAAUGGCAGUAAUGUUAUCCUAUUAAUAUACCCGCUCUGUUUGUACACACUUUUAAGCUUACACAUUUAUGAGAUAUGUUCACCCUAUAAGCUAUAUACUUUAACUUAGUCAAAUAAAGUUUAACCACAUAAGCUACAAACUGGUAUAUGAAAAUAGGAUGCUAAUUUUAAAAUAUGGAUGUAUUAUACAGCUAUCAAAUAUGCAUUUUGGUAAGGUUUUAGAAUUACGGAAUCAUAAAACAGCCCAGGUUGGAAGGGACCUUUGAAAGAUAAUCAGGUCCAAUGUUUCUUGUGAAAAGGCAGCUUAGAUGAGAUUAUCUAGCAUCCUGUCCAACUGAACCUUGAAAACUUCCUAUUAUUGGAGGCUUUCAGGAUGUGAUUGGAUAGGGUGCUAGAUAAGUGUGUCCCUGUGGAGGUUGUUCCAGUGAUUGACUGUUCUCACUGUUUAAAAAAAAAAAAAAAAUAAUAAUAAUAAUUAAAAAUAUAUCUUAGAUCCAGAUGAAGUCUUUCCUGGUGCAAUUUGUUACCCAUUGCCCCUUGUCUUCUCCAUGUGGCUCCUUGUGGAAAGUGAGCCUCCAUCCUGUCUGUAGCCUCUCUUUAAGUACUUUAGGCAUAUUUGCUGUUUAUAUUCUGUUCUGAUUUAUUCUACAGUUGCACACAAAGUCAGUGUUGCUAUUUAUUGAACUUCCUAUCUUUUCAGCUUGACAUUUUAAGCAAUGUUUAACAGGGAUCAGACAUAAUUUUACCGACAUUUUUUUCCCCUCUUCGGGACAGUUGUACAAAUGGCUAAGUACUGUAAUAGCAGGGAAGUCUGACUGAACCUGCAGCCAUUCAGACUAAGGUGGCAUGAGAAGAAGAGGUUCCUCUCUUUCUCUGUUCUAGCACUCUGCCCCGCUGUUUUGGCAGGUCUGGCAUUUACCGUGUCUUUUGCUAACCUGACUUAUUUCAGAAAUAAAGCAGAUUUAUUUGGCAUUUAUUUGGUUAAGAAGUUAAAUCAGUGCACGUAAAUAUUAAGUGACUGCUGAGGCAAAGCACAUGGACCAGUGAGGUUGGGGGAGAAAAGAAAGGUGAACAGGAUUUUACCCUCCUGGCAACCCUGAGCGUUAGAAACGACCUCCUGCAUCUUGUGUCAGAAACAUUGGCUUAGGGUUCUCUUCCAGUCUGUUGUAGCACUGCACAAUGUGUAAUUUAGAAUUAAUGUCAGGAAGUCCUGACACAAUCUGGAAAAGCUGAACCUUAUGAUUAUUUGUGUUACUGUUAACUUAAAAUUGGGGUGGUGCUGACAACAUCUAAACAUAAAUGCCUUUUAGUUAAGAAAAUAAUGCAGGCAGGUUAAAAUGCAUGGUAAACACACUCGAUUAUGCUUGCACUGUUAGUCAGAGAGGCUUUUUUAAUGUUUAUAAAAUGUAUGUGAGUUUUAGUGCUUCAACAAAAUGUUGAAAACUGUUUAGCGUGAUUAACCAAGUUACACAUUUGGUUAUUCUUUAAGGUCAGUGUUUUAAACUACUUGUAACUUACAGUAUAAAACUGGAACAUGAUGUAUGCAACAAACCAGGUAUCUUAAUCUUAUUUUUGUCUUGAUCAAAAUUUAUCGUAGCACUUGGGAAAAAAAUUAUAGAGUUUAUAGUACAAAUAAUUAUGCAUGUUUAGGUAUGGUUGCUGGAAAACAGCAACUUUAAAAUACCCUUUUAUAAGCAGAUCAGUGGAAUAGAGGAAAAAAGCCUUGAACAUGUAACAACUGGGAAGAUUCCUUAUUGUAGUAUUUUUGAAAGAUUUCAAAACUUGUAAAUUAGUAUUUUCUAGUGUACCUACAGCCAUGUUACAUAAUAUACAUAGCCAGUUAAGUAAAACUGUCUUCUAAUACUUGUGUAAAAAACAGAUUAUGGAAUUUGUAAAUAAUGUAUAAUUUGUAAAAAAGAAAAAAAGUUUGCAAAAAUCUUGUAUUUGAAAUGACAGUAUUUUUAUGUAUAAAUAGCACAGCAACAACUGUGAAUGAUAACAGCUAUUUUUAAACAUGCAUAACAAUGUUCAUACUUCUGUACAAAAAGCAAUAUGAAUGCCUAUUACUGAUGCCAAUGAACUUGGUUUCCAGUAAGCACAACUGGUAAACUUAUUUUUAAAGUAGCUGCAGUAAUUUAGAUGUACUUCUGUCUUCUUGCUUUGCUUGAAACAAUCUUACCAGACAACUUCUUAGGUGACCCAUGUUUACCAGGUAUUUAAUAGUAAACAGACAGCUAAUUCAGGCACCUUUGUUUUUAUAUUUGACUCUGCACUUCGUUAUGUAUGUAAUAUUUGCUAAUGAAUAUGUGAUAACUUGUUUUGACUUACCUAGGGUGCCUAUUUAUUUUUUUAUAAAUGUCCCCUUCUGGCUAUAGAUUUGUAUAAGAGCCUAGAUGAUUUUUGUAACAGUAAAUACAUUAACAAGUCUUGUAAUUAAUAUAUUUUUCAGUCCUUAGAAUUAUUUUCUUGCAAAGUUCUGCUUGUUCAAACUAUCAGAUUAAAAACUUAAAAUAUC